GUUUGUUUCGUCCAUUAAAGCCUAUCCCAUUUCCACCACAUACGUCCAUCAUCACUCACGCAUCAGUUUCGCACACAAACACGCACAGAGUCUUACGCAUAUACACACACACUCACGAGAUGACGUAAAUUCCCAAAACCGCCAUCAGACUGCUCUGUAUAAUCGGGGACGCAGUUUACAGACGCAGAAAAGAGCAUAGGCACCAAUCGGCAUGCAUAUAUACACACCCCGCCCGUCUCACUUGCUCAACGAGUCUCUCCCUUGUUCCUCUACCUAACCCGCCUUCCUUUACCCUCUCUCACUAGUCACUGGCUAGUCAUUCCUGCAUCGGCACAGCUCCGUCUUCGCCGUCGUUGUUGUUGUUGGCGAGCGGGUUGUUGGUGUUGAUGUAGUAUUCCGCCCUCAGUUGUUGCAUCGUCUUGUUCUCGCAAAGCUUUUUGACGGCGUUUCGUGCACAGAUGGUCUGCAACUUCUGAGACACACAGCAGAGGGACACCAACACACGCAUCUCUCUAUCUGUCUGUUCUCUCUCUGUCUAAUACAUACACACCUGGAUGAGUUUGAUUCUGGUGCAAUUGAGGCAGAUGAAGUUGUGCUCCGUCAUUGCCUGUGCCUGUGUCGCCACUUUGAACACCAAGUGGACCACGUCAUUAUACUUGUAGUGCUUGUAGUUGUCGGCACUCCCGUGGUAUUUGCACACCCGUGUGUGACAGCUCACGCACACCUUACAGCGAGGGCUUGCUGUCUUCUCCUGGCAUCCAGGGAUGGAGCAGGCCAAGCCCUUGGCUGUUUUGAUGCCAGUAGGUCUUCUCUUCUUGUUGCUGUUGCUGUUGGUGUUCUCACUCCCUUCUGGUGGCUGUUUGCGGGGCACCUCCUUCACACACCCCUCAAUAAUCUCCUCCACCUCUUCCUGCCAGCGGGAGUGCGGGAAGGGGCUGGCAUUGCGGUCAAUGGCUUCGCUGUGGUAGAGGGGGUGUAUGAUGACGGCGUGCAAACCCAUAACUAGGACAAAGAAGGGGAGGGGGGUGUCUUUCGUCCAGGUCAUUGUGACGUCAAACAAGGGAAGGAAACGGGAAGGCGGGUGGAAAGAACAACAAAGGCG